CUGAGAUUCCGCGGGAGCACUGCAGACGGCGUGCCGCGGUAAGAGGGGCUGCUAAGGGGUGCUGCGGGUGCCACCCGAGGGAACGAGCCCGAGGUCACGUACACCCCCGCCAGCCCUCAGUGUGGAGCAGUGAACUGUUUCUGUUUAUGGUUCCUUUCAUUUGAGAUCAUGCAGAGAGCCUCACGCCUCAAGAAAGAACUGCACAUGCUAGCCAUCGAACCUCCCCCAGGCAUCACAUGCUGGCAGGAAAAGGACCACGUGGAUGAUCUGCGAGCUCAAAUACUAGGUGGAGCCAAUACACCUUAUGAGAAAGGUGUUUUCACACUGGAAGUUAUCAUUCCUGAGAGGUACCCAUUUGAGCCUCCACAGAUCCGGUUUCUGACUCCAAUCUAUCAUCCAAACAUUGAUUCUAGUGGAAGGAUUUGUCUAGAUAUUCUCAAAUUGCCACCAAAGGGUGCAUGGAGACCAUCCCUCAACAUCGCCACUGUAUUGACCUCGAUUCAGCUGCUCAUGGCGGAGCCCAAUCCUGAUGACCCCCUAAUGGCUGACAUUUCUUCAGAAUUUAAAUAUAACAAGAUAGCGUUUCUCAAGAAAGCCAGGCAGUGGACAGAGACUCAUGCAAGACAAAAGGUUUUUUUUGAGACAAGGUUUAUCUGUGUAGCUGUGGCAGUCAUGGAACUCAAUCUGUAGACCAGGAUGGCCUUCUAUCUGCCUGCUUCUGCCUCCUGAGUGCUAGGAUUAAAGGAGUAUGUCACCACCGACCAGUGCCUCUUGAUUGUUGUAGAGAUACAUCAUUAUGCCUAGUUUUUUGAGUUGAUAAAGUUUGAGAUGAAAAAAAAUAAGGUAUGCAAAAAAUGUUGACAAAGAUGCUUUUGAAGGGGCUAGAGAGAUGGUCAGCAGUUAAGAGCACUGACUGCUCUUCCAAAGGUCCUGAGUUCAAAUCCUAGCAACUACAAGAUGUCUCACAACCAUCCGUAACAAGAUCUGAUGCUCUCUUCUGGAGUGUCUGAAGAUAGCUAGAGUAUACUUACAUAUAAUAAAUACGUAAAAAUCUUUACAAAAAAUGCUUUUGAAGGAAAUACAUUCCCACUAAAAUCUUAAACAAAGAUCAUCUAGACGUGGCAUUACAGCUAUUUUCCCAUUGACGCUGUAGAUGUGUU